AAUAAACAAAUAAGAUUAGGGAAUGAUUUGGCCGCAACAAACAGUAACAUCAUUAAGAAUAGAAAACCCUGGUUUUGUUAUGUUUGGUUUUUUGCGUUAAGAAAGAAACAGAGUCAACACUGAACACAGCACAAAAUGGCUUCAGAGAUUCUCCAACAACUUGAAUCACUGAAGAACGAAAAGACCAAAAUCGAACACAAAAUAUCACUUCUCGAAGCUCAACUCAAAGAUAUUAAUCUCCAAAACGACGCCGCUUCAUCCUAUCUUACAAAUGGAUUGGCACCUCACAUGAUUCAUAGAUACAGUCGCCAUCUUGUUCUUCCUUCCUUUGGGGUUCAAGGGCAAGCCAAUCUAUUGAAGUCAUCAAUUUUAGUUGUGGGAGCUGGAGGAUUGGGUGCUCCUGCAUUGUUAUAUUUUGCAGCUUCUGGUGUUGGUCGAUUGGGUAUUGUUGAUCAUGACAAGGUUGAGCUGAAUAAUAUGCAUAGGCAGAUUAUACACACUGAAGCAUAUAUUGGUCAGCCAAAAGUGAAAUCCGCCGCUGCUGCUUGUCGCUCGGUCAACUCCUCUAUUGAAGUUGUGGAACAUGAAGAAGCUUUGCGAACUUCCAAUGCUCUAGAAAUUCUCAGCAAAUAUGAUAUAAUAGUAGAUGCAACAGAUAAUGCUCCCACCCGGUACAUGAUCAGUGACUGCUGCGUGGUACUAGGAAAGCCCCUUGUAUCAGGUGCUGCUUUGGGAUUGGAAGGGCAGCUCACUAUCUACAAUCACAAUGGUGGCCCUUGCUAUCGAUGCCUCUUUCCAACUCCACCACCUAGAACAGCAUGUCAAAGUUGUGCUGAUGGUGGAGUACUAGGAGUAGUUCCUGGUAUAAUUGGCUGUCUCCAAGCUCUCGAGGCAAUUAAGAUUGCAGCUUCUGUUGGCGAACCACUCUCCGGAAGGAUGCUUCUCUUUGAUGCAUUGGCUGCACGGAUCCGUGUCGUUAAAAUCAGAGGAAGGUCUUUGCAAUGUGAAGCUUGUGGAGAAAAUGCAACAUUUAAUCAGCAGUACUUUCGAGAAUUUGAUUAUGAGAAGUUCACUCAGACUCCCUUGUGUGUGCCUCCUACUAAGUUAAAUCUACUUCCUAAUGAAUCAAGAAUAAGCAGCAAUGAGUACAAAGAAAUAGUUGUCAACAAAGAACCACAUGUGUUGGUUGAUGUUAGACCAGCUCACCAUUUCAAGAUUGUGUCUCUUCCAAAUUCCUUAAACAUUCCACUCUCAACUUUAGAGUCUAGGUUGCCUGAAAUAUCAUCAAUUUUGAAGAAAGACGAUGAAGAGGAAAAAGGUUUGGUCAAUGGUUCAAGUGCAAAAUUGUAUGUAGUAUGCAGAAGAGGAAAUGAUUCUCAAAGGGCUGUUCAAUACCUUCAGAAAAUGGGUUUUACUUCUGCUAAGGACAUUGUUGGAGGCUUAGAGUCUUGGGCUCAAAAUGUGGAUCCUAACUUCCCUACUUAUUAGUUUGUGUAGUUAAACUUUCAUUAACUUAUACUUCUAACUUGAAAUUAUUUCUUUUUAUAUUUUAUAAUGGUUGUUGUUUUCACUUUCCUUGUAUUUUUCACCUUACCUUUAAAAUGUUAUAGAAUCCUUAUAGAACAUUUUGCAUUGGUUACAGAACAUUUUUACCUUACGACUUAGUACCUGUUUGUUGUCACGGUGGGACC